AUGUCCCAAGAUCUUCCCUCCCUCCCUCCCUCCCUCCCUCCCUCCCUCCCUCCCUCCCUCCCUCCCUCCCUCCCUCCCUCCCUCCCUCCCUCCCUCCCUCCCUCCCUCCCUCCCUCCCGCCCUCCCAUCACAGGGCGGCAUAUACCAGGGCUGGGGCUGCUACAACCCGCUGGGAACUGUCUUGGAUGGCUGGAACCUUCCUUGUCUCUCCUGACACACCCACCCACCCUCCCACCCACUCUCCGACCCUCUCACCCUCACAGGGCGGAAGGCAUAUACGAGGGGUGGGGCUGCUACAACCCGCUGGGAACUGUCGCAGAUAGCGAGGGCAGUCUGGGACGGACCACGGCCACGGCCACCAACAACACAGGCCUUCUAGACCACGUGAUGCUGGCCGUGGGGUAUAACUAUGACUCCCCGGGGAGCUGGAACAACUACUUCAUUUUGAAAAACAGCUGGGGGCCGCAGUGGGGCGAGGGCGGGUACAUGCGGAUUCGCAUGGAGAAUGGGCCGUUUGGCACGUGCGGCAUGCUGGUCAAUCGCGGGCUCUACCCCGUUGUGAGAGGUGAGAGGUUAACCAGUGGAACAGCCCAGAGCACCAAUCCCUGCAGCGCAUCACCGUGUGGGGGCGGCAGGUGUAUGGUCAACGAGAGGGACACCACCAAGUACACAUGCGAGUGCCCCGCCCCGCUCGUGGCUGCUGCCAACCGUGACGGCACCGCUACGUGCACCGUCAUCGACGUGUGCAGCGUGCUACCCACCAACCCCUGCGUCGUGGGGCAGUGCAUCAACAGCGGCGACGGCGGCUACUCGUGCCUCUGCCCGCCCAACUAUAAAACUAGCGUGCUCGCCUCUGGCCAGACCACUUGUGUGCCUGAGAUGUCACCGAGCACGGCAGCAGCGGUGCAGGGCACGUACACAGUGCAAGGGGUGGAGACGUGUGGUGCCAUCUACGGCUUCAUCGGCCUCACCCAGGAGCAGUUCCUUGCACAGAAUGAGGGAGUGGACUGCAACAAUCUCAAGGCGGGUCAGGUGCUCAACAUCUCCAUCCCCUCCUCGGCUCAAGUGUGCCGCGUGCGCUACACUGUCACCCAGGUGCGUUACAUGUCACCCAGGUGCGUUACACGUGUGCUACCAUGUCAUCCAGGUGCGUUACAUGUGUGCUACUAUGUCAUCCAGGCGGACGCAGCAGCAAGGAGCUGUGACCUCAUCAAUAAUCGCUUUGGCAUAGACGUCGCGACCAUCAACCCCAGCCUCGAUUGCUCAAGCCUCGUGCCCAACCAGCAGAUCUGCAUUCAGAUCUGCAUUCAGAUCUGCAUUCAGAUCUGCAUUCAGGUGGGGGACACGGUGUCAGGAGCAGCGACUACAACCUGUGCACGAGCUAUGUGGCCACCAAUCUGCAUCCAGGUGGGCGAUGCGGUGUCGGGAGCAGCGGACUACAACCUGUGCACGAGCUACCUGCCGGUCAACGAGUGGGUCACGUGUGCCAACGCUGUGGAUUGGUACGGCCUCUCCUGGCUCGACCUCUACCGCUUCAACCCCGGCAUCAACUGCGACACGCUCACAGCACUCACCGCCUCCGAGAUCUGCAUCGCCGGCACGCCGUUGGGAGCGGUGGCGUGCGGUAAGGCGCGGUCGAAGACGGUGGCGAACCGGCGGUACACGGUGGGGGCGGGGGACAGCUGUGCGUCGCUGGUGGUGGUGCAGUUCCAGCGCCAGCCGCCGCUUGUGGGCCAGCUCAACCGCGGCUGGAUGUGCCGCUCCCAGAGCCUCUUCGCCGGCAUGCCCCUCUGCAUCCCCUCUUAG